GGAAAUUUAAUGAAUAUGUUAUUUUUUUAUGCUCUUAUGUUUUCGUACAAGAUUCUGGAGUAUAAAUACAUGAAGCAAUUAAGUUUCCUUCAUUAAAUUUAUCUCAUCCUCAGCCUUUAACACAUCUUACAUCUUACACCAAAAUGUCUUCAUUUUUCAUAAAACUAUUCUCAUCGUGGUUAUUUGUGUUGGUAGUAAUUUUUUCUACUACUACAAUGCACUCUCAAGCUGCAGAAACUUACUGUGGACGAAAAUUGGGCAAUACAUUGGAUUUGAUUUGUGAAUUUGGUUUUGGUACAAAACUAAAGAAAUCAGUUAAACUUGAACCAAAUGAUUACUAUUCAGACACAGAUGAGGAUAUGCCAUUCUCGUUUGAAAAAUUCCCAUUUUUAGCCAAAUUUCAAGAAAACUCUUUGGCCAAAACUAGAAGAAGGCGAUAUGGAGGAAUCGCCAAUGAAUGUUGUGAUAAACCAUGCACAAUGGAUGAACUUCGUUCAUUUUGUAGAAAUAAUGGCAAAUAGUUAAAUUGUUGCAAGCAAAUUCUAAUAUUAAUAAUGAUAUUUAAAAAAAUUUAUUUAUUUUAAAUACAUUUCAAGUA